CACUACGCCACCUACUAUUAAAUUAAUAUAAUUAAUUUUUUAAAUUUUGUACUAUAUGGACGAACCAUGUUUGGUGUGAAGUUCUUCUGCAAAAGUGUCAGUUUAGUGAGCCAACUGUGAUUGGUAGCCAUAGCAACCAGGACCAACAAUGUGCAGAGUAUAUAAUAGCUGCAUGGAAGGACUGUCUAGGUCUUCUGGACACCGCCAUGUCUGAGAGCAGGUGGACCACCGUGGUGACGGUGGGACUGGGACAGGGUCGCAAGGUGGACUGUGUGUCAACCGCCAGGGGGCAACAAAUGACCCACAUCCGUGAUGACCCCCGACCGAGCCCGCGGCCCAUACCCCGCAGGGGCGCUCGGCCCAUGCACCAGAGCACCCUCACUCUUGGGUGUCCGUCUGCGCACCCCUGCUACGCCACCACGCAUGCUCGGAGCUACUCCAGGAGGGGGGAGGAUGGCCGCCCUCUGUGUUUUUACUACCGCGACGCCCCGUUCCCCUCUCAGCAUCUCAGCAGCCUCAAGCUGAGCCACAUGGUGCCCGUGGAUGCCGAGUCACACACCCGGGAUAUCCACGGGCCCAAGGACAUCGUUCCGCAUCAUGUCCUGCAUGAGCUGGGUCUGCGGAAUCGGAAGCGAAACCAGCUGGGCCAGGUCAUGAGAGAGGUGGCAAACCCCUCUGAACCCACACUCUACCAGACCACUUACCGGUCAAAUCACAGCCACCUCUCCCACACAGCGACACGAGAUCACUCCACAGGCCUCCCCACACGGUGGCACUGCCAUGACAUCCUAACAGGGGAGGAGCGCCGCCCUGCUGGCCCCGGUGAGCCACGGAGACGGAGCAGAGACCACAUGCUGUGGGCCGCCCGCCGUUGGGAGACCGACUGCUGUGCCCUCAGGCUCUACUGAUCACAACCUAGAGGGACACAAGUAGUCCAACCAGCUUCUCUGUCUACACUGCGGUACUGUACCUUACUGUAAACAAGGCUGGAAGGGGUCUGGCCAGCAGAUGGAAUAAUGAGCAGGAAAGCAGGUGGCAUAGUGCUUAGAGCUACUUCCUCACAAUAGG